AUGAGCUCUAGUGUUGAGGAUGCAGUUUAUGAUAAGCACCUAAAAGAAUUACGGGAAUUAGAAACAAAACACAAUUUUAUUUUUCCUGGUUCUCCCACCCAAAAGGCCGGUCAUACGGCCAGCAAUAAGUUCCGUUCCGUUAUUCGUCAAAUCCCCAUGUUGAGUUUGGAUAGCGUCGAUAAUUACGAAGGUUUGUUGAAGUUUGAUGAAAGAGUAAAAAAAAUAUUGAAAACCGAGGAAGAGGUAGAAUACAUUUGUGAAUGGAAAAUUGAUGGUUUAUCAAUUAGUCUGAUUUAUCGUAAUCAUCAAUUAGUACAGGUCAGCACCCGCGGUAAUGGAACCAUUGGCGAGGAUAUAACCUUCAAUAAAGAAUUAAUAAGAAACAUUCCUUUUUCCUUAAAAAGAGUUGCCAAUUGUGAAGUACGCGGGGAAGUUUACAUGAAAAAAGAGGAAUUUGCUCGCCUGAAUGAAGAAUUAAAAAAGUCUGGUAAUAAAUUGUUGGCCAAUCCCCGCAAUGCAGCAUCCGGUAGUUUGCGAACACUUAUUCCUUUGCAAAGCAGGAAAUUACACUUUUUUGCUUAUCAAUUAUUCAAUAGUGAUUUACUAACCCAAUCGUCUUGUUUAAAGGAACUAGAAAAAUUAGGAUUUGCAGUUAGUCCUGAUCAUCGAGUAGUUAGGGGCAUAAAAAAAGUUGGGAAAUUUAUUGAAAAGCAAGAAAAGAAACGGGAAAAAUUAGAUUUUGAAAGUGACGCCAUGGCUUACAAAUUUCUGGCUUCGGUUGCUUCCAGUCAAAUAAAGAAUAUCUACGUUGAAGUAAGUCGCAGCGGACGAAUAACUUAUGUGGCUGAAUUAGAACCAGUAAUUUUACAAGGCAGUAAAAUAAGCAAGGUGACUCUUCACAAUUAUACUUUUAUUGCUAAUUUAAAAUUGAAUAUUGGUGAUGAAGUAGUAAUAAAAAAGGCUGGUGACGUCAUCCCACAAAUAAUCCAGAUAAUUAAGUUGAAUAAAAAUGGUAUUUGGUUGCCUCCCAUUGAUUGUCCUUCCUGCGGUUCAAUUCUCAAAUGGAACUCGACCAAUAUUUAUCAAGUCUGCACCAAUAAUGAUUGUCCGCAAAAAGUCGUUAAUUAUCUUACUCAUUUUGCUUCCAAGACUGGUCUAGACAUAAAAGGGGUUAGCGAAAAAAUAAUUAAAAAAUUCUAUGAAAAUAAUUUACUAAGCCAACCCACUGAUUUUUACCAGCUUUACCUAAAAGAGAAGCAAUUAUUAAAACUAGAAGGACUCAAAAAAAAAUCAAUAAAUAAUAUUUUGACUUCAAUUGAAGAAUCAAAAAAAAAACCUUUCGCUAAUUUACUAACUGCAUUGGGUAUUCCUCUGCUUAGUUCGGUAAAAGCCCGCAAAUUAACCAAUUUUUAUCCUAAUUUGACUAGUUUUCUUGCUGCUGCGAAAAAUGAAGAAUGA